UGUCCGAGCAGGAAGCCGCAUCUUCACCGGCCCGCGGGGAGACUGGGGUCGCGCCGAGCGCCCGACGAGCCUUCCCCGGCGGCCGCCUGCCCACCCCGCCGGGCGCUUCGAAUCAGGUCCCCCAGCCACGACUUACCUGCGGGCCCCCAGAGGAUGCUCGGGCCGCUAGCCCACUAGCGGGGACCUCGGGGCAGUCGCGAGGGGGGCAUCCAGCCCCCGACUCAGCUCCGCCGCUCCCGUCCCAGGGACGCCCCCAGCGGGGUGAGCAUGGUGAUUUCCCUUCGGAGCCCCCUGCCUCGGGACGUCUGAGAAGAUGCCUACCAUGAGGCUGCUCACUUGCUUCCUGCAGCUCCUGGCGGGGCUGGCGCUGCCUGCUGUGUCUCCCCAGCCGCCGGCUCUGUCUGCUGGGAACAACUCGUCACAGACGAAAGUGAUGCCCUUCCAGGUAGUGUGGGGCCGCAGCUACUGCCGGGCAAUGGAGAAGCUGGUGGACGUCUUGUCGGAGUACCCCCAGGAGACGCAGUACAUGUUCAGCCCGUCCUGUGUCCCCUUGCUGCGCUGCACGGGCUGCUGUGGGGAUGAGGCCCUGCACUGUGUGCCGGUGGAGACGACCAACGUCACCAUGCAGAUCCUGAGGAUCAGCUCUGAGCAUCGGUCCUCCUACGUGGAGAUGACAUUCUCCCAGCACACACACUGCGCGUGCAGGCCUGUGUCGCAGAUAACGAAGCCAGAAAGGAGGAGACCCAAGGGCAGUGGGAAGAGGAAGAAAGAGAAGCAGAGACCCACAGACUGACACCUGUGAGCUGAUCCUUCUCCCCCAAGAUAACCAGCCCCUCGGAGGAGAGAGACCCACACCCGGCUCCUGUAUUUAUUAUCGUCACACUCUCAGUUACCUCCUUGCUGGCACCUGCCCUCUAUUUAUUAGCCAAUUGCAUCCCUGCUGAAUGACUCCUCCCUCCAAGAUGAGGGGCCUGGAGGGACAGGACCCUCAGGAAUUCAGUGCCUUAAGCAGAACGUGAGAGAAAGAAGACAGCCAUGGCCCGUGUGUGCUUCAGCUUGGGAAGAAGCAAGACCUGACUUUGUGAGGGGCAAGCCGGGCUCCAGAGGCCUGAGGGGCCCCCAAGGGGCUGGAGAAGGAAGAAGAGAAGAGGAAGAACCCACCGCCUGUCCCUGGGCCUUGGGCUCUGCAGGGACAAGCAGGCCAUGGCCCAGGCUGCGUGGGAAGGCAGGCAGGGGGUGAGGGGCCCUGUGGCUUCCUCCUCCUCCUGGCAGCGGCUCUGCCCCUGGAGAGCGGAACACUCAGCUCUGGAGAACAGCGGUCGCCCGGGGCCUUGGCCACUCCUCGUCCCCUACGGUUUCUCCUCACAUCUCGCCACAGCUUGUGCUGGGACAUGGUUCUUUGUGGCCAAGGAAGACUUCACCAUCCUGCCCCUCUCAGGGACACAGGCAACGAGGGGGCCCAGGCUGGGCAUGGAGCACGCUGCCUGCAUGGCUGUCUGGCUGCCAAGCCAGAUUCUCUUGAAUAAAGUUAUUCUAGUCUGGAAA